AAGCUUCUCCCUGUGACAUCACAAUGCCCAAUUUGCUACAUCGUUGUUUGUAUUCCAUGAUCAGCUGUAUCUCUGCAGCCUGGGAAACUGACAUAAGGAGAAUUCAGAGCAGCACCGAAGAACCUCAGCUCUCUUCAGAAUUUGCUGUGAACCACUAUCUCUGAUAUCAGGGGCUUUGGAAGACACCUUACAUACAUACAAAUAUAUUUUAUAAUAAGAAACAGCAGCAUCAAAAGGGGAAACUUGAGACACCAAAAAAAGAUCAACAACAUGAAAUUCCAGUACAAAGAAGAUCAUCCUUUUGAAUACAGAAAAAAAGAAGGGGAGAAAAUCAGAAAGAAAUAUCCAGACAGGGUCCCUGUUAUUGUGGAGAAGGCACCCAAAGCAAGAGUACCUGACCUGGACAAGAGGAAGUACCUUGUGCCUUCUGACCUCACAGUUGGCCAGUUCUACUUCUUAAUCCGAAAGCGGAUCCACUUGAGGCCGGAGGAUGCCCUAUUCUUCUUUGUCAAUAACACCAUCCCUCCCACCAGUGCUACUAUGGGUCAGCUGUAUGAGGAUAACCAUGAGGAGGACUAUUUUCUCUAUGUGGCCUACAGCGAUGAGAGUGUCUACGGCAAGUGAGCGCUGGUCUCCGGGCGCACAGGCAUAACGGACUGACAGGAAUGGUGGGGGGGAGGGGGGAUCCACGUCGGAGAGGAGGAAGAUUGAGGCGAGAGAACUGGAAAAGAACUACAUACACAAUGCCAUCAUUUUCACACAUCUGAUUAUUAUUAUUACUAUUAUUGUUACUUUUACAGCGGGGUGGGGGGAGGAGGGAGGAGACGUGGCUCGAUUGAGUGAUCUGACUGGCUGACAGAAGGUUCUGAGCUGUGUGACUGGGAGGUUUCCCUUGUAGCAUUCUGCCCCCUGCCAUGUGUGGGAAUUCUGUUAGCUAGUAACAGGGCCUUGGUAAGCAAGCCAGACUCGCACACCUUCCAGGUAGCAGUGGGGGAGGUAGGGAAGGGUUGCUGGGUGACAGUAAGGUGUGUGCACAUUCUCUGGAUGUGGGAGUGAGUAUACUGUACUGUCCCUCUCAUGCUUACCUUCACCAUCUAGCAUGGGCAUUCAAGUGUGCCAUGUGCUUUGGUGCUCUGUGUGCCCAUGUGAAGUCCCUAUGCUGGGCAUCCUCAUUCUAGUUGGUGCCCACGAAUAGUUCCCCUACUUCUCUGUUAACCUUUCCUUCACCAGGGGUUGGGAAUUACCCAGGCUGAGAUGAGGAAGAUGAGUUUUUUUUUUUUUU